UUUCCCCUCAAUUUCUUCCCUCUCUCGAUUGAUCCACGAACAGUGACAGCACCGCACACAGCGGAACCCGCCAUGGCAGCCGGGUCCUCGAGCGCCAAGCAGGGCCUCUACCCCGAGGUGAACCAGUCCCACCCUGACCUCAACACCGCCUUCCUCGCCAAUCCCGCCGCCGCCGCCACUGCCACCCCCGGCGGUUCGCUCUACCCCGCCGUCGACCCCCAGCAGCUCGCCGAGAACCUCUUCCCUGACGCCGCAGAUGACGCCACGCCGCCGGCGCCCACCACCGAGGAGACCCUUGUCGCGGUUCCGGGCUCGCUGCUCCACCUCGUCGACCCCGACCGCAGCAUGGACCUCGGGGCGGGCACGCUCUCCGUCGUCCGCCUCCGCCAGGGGGACCACUCCGUCGCCGUCCUCGCGAGGCUCAUCCCGGAGAAGCGGAACCAGCGCCGUGGCCUCUUCAGCUUCUGGAGCAGCGGAAAGUCCGGCGACGGCGCUGCGCAGGAGCCCGUACAGUGGCCGCUCACCCGCGACGUCGCCGCCGUCAAGCUCGACACCGCGCACUACUUCUUCUCCCUCCACGUCCCGCACACAGAUCAGGAUGACGCGGAGGAUGCCGAGGCAGAGAAGGACGCGGACGGGGAGGCGGCGCUGAGCUAUGGACUCACGGUCGCGAGCAAGGGGCAGGAGGCGGUCCUUGCGGAACUGGACAAGGUAUUGGAGGAGUACACCACCUUCUCGGUGAAGCAAGUGGAGCCAACGGCAAAGGAGAAGUCGGAGGUGAUGGACACGAAGGCGGUGACGGAGAUCACGCCGGAGGAAGCUGUUGGGGAUAAGAAGGAGGUGGUGGAGGAGCAAUCAGCGGCGUUCUGGACGACGAUCGCGCCGAACGUGGACGACUACAGCUCGUCAGUGGCGAGGCUGAUCGCGCGGGGCUCGGGGCAGCUGGUGAGGGGCAUCAUCUGGUGCGGGGACAUCACAGCGGAGGGCCUCCGGUGUGGGGAGGCGGUGGUGAAGAAGAGCGUGGGACCAAGUGGGAAGCCAUCACAGGUGAAGCCGAGCACUAUCAGGAGGAUGAAGAGAGCUAGAAGGGUCACAAAGAUGUCCAACAGGGUGGCAAAUUCAAUCCUAUCUGGUGUUCUAAAGGUCUCUGGGUUUGUUACCAGCACUGUGCUGAACUCGAAACCUGCCCAGAAAUUCUUCAAGUUGAUGCCUGGCGAAGUUAUUCUUGCUUCACUCGAUGGAUUUGGGAAAGUAUGGGAUGCUGUGGAGGUGUCUGGAAAGAAUGUGAUGCGAACAUCGUCAGUUGUGACAACUUCUGUUGUAACACAUAGAUACGGUGAUCAAGCAGGACAGGUCACACAGGAUUACCUUCACGCCACAGGAAACGCUCUUGGAGUCGCAUGGGCUGUAUUCAAGAUUCGGAAAGCUCUCGACCCAAAGGGCAAUCUGAAGAAGUCGUCUCUGGCGAGCGCUGCAGCCCAUGCUGUAGCUAAAGAAUCAAUAGCUCGGCAAAAGAAGAAGUGAGACAACAUGGACGUCGAUCAUUGCCAUAGGACUUUAGUAAUUUACAGUGAACUAGGCAAGUUAGCAGAUUUUGUUGUAUGCUUGUAUGUAUCGCUUGUGAGGUGUAAGUGGAAACGUUGCCGUGAUGGCUUUUGUUCUGUUUGUUCUGGCUUUUGGGCGUCUACUAUGUUCAAUGUGCAAAUAUGUACCGUACAACUGAUAUGUUUGUAACUUAUCAAGUUAUAUAACACGUGAUGCUUGAAAGAAAAAUCUUACGAUGACUAGCAAUAUACUCGUGUGCUAA